CACGCAGCUAUUAUUUUUUGAAUCGCUGCAAGUGAAAUAAUUAGAAAUAUGGCUUCCAAGCGUGCAUGAGCGCACUCGUUUCUCAAUCCUUCCGUUAAUAUAAUACCGUUCAACGAAAGUGCAGUAUCCACGCGGAAUGUCGCGCGAUCGCCACGUUUAAUCCGUCGUAAACAGCGGGACGAGACACCGAUAUGAGAAUUGGCGGUGGAACCCCACGUCUCCCGCCGGCGGAAUGUUGUUAACCUCGAGACGACGCGCUCCUAACCUCCAGCAUGGCGCGAAAGCAAUUUUAUGCGAUGUAACGGGGAACCCCGUUCCCGCGCUCGACCGAUCCGACGAGGGACAAGGUGGGUGUCGUGAAACGAGACCGGCUCGUGCCGCCUGAGAUUCAUGUUUGACAGCCAUGGAGGACCAGUUCCACUCGGAGUUGAUCAUGAAGGAGGAGCAGGACGAGGACGAGGUGAAGGAGGGCCGGUGCUCCGCCGAGAGCGAGAAGAGCGUCACCCCGGACGGGUCGGCGAUCGGCAUACGGCCGAAGCCCCUCAUCUGCAAGCCGGAGAACGUGAGCAUCGGCUGCAAGUCCGAGCCGAUUGAGACCAAGUGGCACUGGGCACCGGGAGCGUGGCAAGACGCGACCAGGACCAGCGCGUUUCAGCCGUACAAGCCACCCACCUUGCUCACGAAUCUGCAACGGGGCAACACUCAGACGCAGAUACACCAGCUCUACGUUGGUAGCGAUAUCACGUUUCACACCUUGGCGGGUCAGGGGGAACUUACGUCGGACCAUAUACAUUCAAAUUCAGUGGACAGGACCGACGAAAAGGGCUUAACGGGGCUGAUGUGGGCCUGUGCUUACGGGCAACUUGGCAGCGCCAGGCAGUUGCUCAAAAGGGGCGCCAAUAUAAAUAGUUGCGGACCAAAAUUACAGACCGGUCUGCACCUGGCGGCCGCCUAUGGCCAUCACGAUGUCGUCAAAUUGUUGUUGAAUCACGGAGCCGAUCCCAACGCGUCCGAUGAGGAUGGUAACACACCGCUGAUGUACGGAGCAUACUGCGAUCAUCCACACGUGUGCUAUGAAUUGUUGACGAAAGGUGCAGAAGUAACGCUUACUAAUGCGUCAAAUGUUAGCGCUUAUAAAGCAGCGAUCAUGAAUAAUUCAAUGAAUGCUAAAGCGGUUAUUGAGAACCAUCUGAUACCACAAAUUAUAAAUAUGCCAACGGAUGAGUUAUAAUACGUUUGUACAGUAAAUUGUAACAAUAUUUGUAUGUCGUAUACGUUUUUACAAAUUGUAAAUAAACACAAAGAACCGGCAAUAUGUUUAUCAACCGUGAAAGAAACUUUUAUACAGAAGUUUCGUAUUUUUAACAAGAGCUCUAAUAAGAAAGACGGCAAUGCACAGCGUGAAAUAGUCUCGAGGCACGAGGUACAUGAACAUACGAACGAGUAACAAAAUUUGAUUUAUAUAUAUUUGGUAAUAAUACAAUCCUUUGCACAGGAGCUAUUGCAAUACUAAAAUAUAUGUAUCGAGUAGAAAGUAAAUACGAUAAAUUUGCGUAUAUGAAUCGUAACCAAGUUCGUCCAAUCAAAAUAGAUCUUUUUUUUUACAAGUGUGUAUAAGUAUUCGGCACCGGACAGCUAUUUAAAUAGCAUAUUAAAUUGAUACAUGUACAUAAGUAUAGCAAACGACACAUACCAACGUUCAAUGAUCACAUAAGGAAUGGCUGUAUGGCAAUAAAAUUCAAAUUCAAAUAG